AUGUUAACCGGUUCGUGUCUCUGCGCCGUGAACAAAUAUACGGUCACGAAUGAGGAUGUUGCUGCAGCCAGGAAGAUAACAUGUCACUGUGCCCGCUGCCGCAAGAUCAGCGGCGGAUACACUACUACCAACCUUAUCCUGCCAAAGACGAGCUUCAAAUUGACGAGCGCAUCGACGUGGCGCUCUGUGGUUCCGGGUCUAUCAAACAAUUGCACCAGCACUUUCAACGCAGUCCUGCCAGGUGAUAAACAUGGACACAUCUGCUUUUGCCGCCAUUGUGGGUCGGUGAUCUAUCGCGAAUCUGAAAUGCAGGGAUUCAGUGGCCUUGUUUUUGUACCAGUGGGUACGCUCGAUGACAUUGACUCGGUCAGUAAUUUGCGAGAGGAAGAAUGGUACUGA